GCCGCACACACCCACUGGAUCACUGCAGGGGGCGCAGAGGGAGGAGUCUCUGCAGUGAGAGGCCUGUCACACUCCCUUACCCCUUGGGUCCCUGCCCUCUUGGGUGCCUGCCCCAUCUCCCCAGCCUCCCAGCCUUUGACCAUCACACCGAGCUCAGCCUGCCAUUCUCACAAGGACAAUAAUCUGCCCUAACCCCUGGCCACGCUGCCCCACAAGGACUCUGCUUUGAACAUGGGGUUUCCCAGGUGCCUCCUGCUCCCAGCUGGGCACCCCCUUGGCAGGAGCUCGGCUGCCUGCGCUGGAGCUGGGAACACAAGGAUCCCCAUCCUCCUGGCCUGGCUUUGGGCUUCCAUGACAGGAUUCCCCAUGGCAGAUUCAGGCAUUCCAGAACUAACUCAGCUCCGACUGGUAAACAGCCUGAAUCGCUGCGCUGGGAGGGUCGAAGUGCUUCACAACCAGAAGUGGGGAACCGUGUGUCAUGACACCUGGGAUUUAAAUGAGGCUGGAGUCGUGUGCAGGGAGCUGGGCUGUGGGACGGCGUUAUUGGCCCCAAAAGGGGCUCGAUUUGGGCGAGGAUCAGACCUUAUCUGGCUGGAUGACGUCAUCUGCACAGGAACUGAAGCUGCCCUCUCCGAAUGCAGGGCUCUGUCUUGGGGAGAGCAUGACUGUACCCACGGAGAAGAUGCUGGUGUUGUGUGCUCAGACGCUGGCAUCUCAGAACUGGCUCAGCUCCGACUGGCAAAUGGCACCAGUUACUGCGCUGGGAGGGUCGAGGUGCUUCACGACCACAAGUGGGGAACUGUGUGUGAUGACGGCUGGGACAUGACUGAUGCUCAAGUCGUGUGUAGGCAGCUGGGCUGUGGGACGGCGUCAUCAGCCCCAGGAGGGGCUCGAUUUGGGCAAGGAUCAGACCCUAUCUGGCUGGAUAAUGUCAACUGCGCAGGGACAGAAGCUGCCCUCUCCCAUUGCAGGGUUCCGCCUUGGGGAAAGAAUGACUGUACCCACGGAGAAGAUGCCGGUGUCAAGUGCUUAGAAGAGGCUCAGCUCCGACUGGUGAAUGGUUCGAGUCGCUGUGCUGGGAGGGUCGAGGUGCUUCACAACCAGCAGUGGGGAACCGUGUGUGAUGACAGCUGGGACAUAACUGAUGCUCAAGUCGUGUGUAGGCACCUGGGCUGUGGGACGGCAUCAUCAGCCCUUGCUUGGGCUCAUUUUGGGCAAGGAUCAGACCGUAUCUGGCUGGAUGAAGUCAACUGCGCAGGGACAGAAGCUGCCCUCACCGAUUGCUGGGCUCGGCCUUGGGGAGAGAAUGACUGUACCCACGGAGAAGAUGCCGGUGUUGUGUGCUCAGACGCUGGCAUCUCAGAAGUGGCUCAGCUCCGACUGGUGAACAGCAGGAGUCGCUGCGCUGGGAGAGUCGAAGUGUUUCAUAACAAGAAGUGGGGAACCGUGUGUGAUGACGGCUGGGACUUACAGGAUGCUGGAGUCGUGUGCAGGCAGCUGGGCUGUGGGACGGCGUUAUCAGCCCCAGGAGGGGCUCGAUUUGGGCGAGGAUCAGAUCAUAUCUGGCUGAAUAACGUGAACUGCGCAGGGACAGAAGUUGCCCUCUCUGAUUGCAGGAUUUGGCUUGGGGGAGACAGUAACUGUAACCAUGGAAAAGAUGCCGGUGUUGUGUGCUCAGGCUCUGACAUCUCAGAAGUGGCUGAGCUCCGACUUGUGAACAGCAGGAGUCGCUGCGCUGGGAGGGUCGAGGUGUUUCACAACCAGCAGUGGGGAACCGUGUGUAAUGACAACUGGGACUUACAGGAUGCUGGAGUCGUGUGCAGGCAGCUGGGCUGUGGGACGGCGUUUACAGCCCCAGGAGGGGCUCGAUUUGGGCAAGGAUCUGACCGUAUCUGGCUGGAUGAUGUCAACUGCACAGGGACAGAAGCUGCCCUCUCCGAUUGCUGGGCUCGGCCUUGGGGAGACAAUAACUGUACCCACAGAGAUGAUGCCAGUGUUGUGUGCUCAGACGCUGACAUCUCAGAAGUGACUCAGCUCCGACUGGUGAAUGGCCCGAGUCGCUGUGCUGGGAGGGUCGAGGUGUUUCACAACCAGCAGUGGGGAACCGUGUGUGAUGACAGCUGGGAGUUACAGGAUGCCGGAGUCGUGUGCAGGCAGCUGGGCUGUGGGACGGCGUUAUCAGCCCCAGGAGGGGCUCGAUUUGGGCGAGGAUCAGACCAUAUCUGGCUGGAUGACGUCAACUGCACAGGGACAGAAGUUGCCCUCUCCGAUUGCAGGGCUCGGCCUUGGGGAGACAGUAACUGUACCCAUGGAGAAGAUGCCGGUGUUGUGUGCUCAGACGUGAGGCUGGUAGGUGGCCCCCACCGCUGCGCCGGGCGGGUGGAGGUGCGUCUGGAUGGGCCCUGGGGCACCGUGUGUGAUGACGGCUGGGACCUGGGCGACGUGGCUGUGGUGUGCAGGCAGCUGGGCUGUGGGCUGGCCAUGGAAGCGCUGAGUGGUAAAAUGUUCGGCCCGGGCAACAAGUCAGAGCCUGUCCUGAUGAUGAACGUGCAGUGCCAGGGGACAGAGGCAGCGCUGGGGAGCUGCCCAUACGAGGAUCCAGGGGACGACUGCCAGCAUGAUGAGGACGCUGGGGCCCGUUGCCAAGCUGCCAAUGUGGGAGUCUCCUCCUCAGCCCCUGGAGUCUCCCCGCGCAGCCCCGGAGCAGGUGUCUCAGCAGCUUUGCCCGUCGUGAGGCUGGUAGGUGGCCCCCACCGCUGUGCCGGGCGGGUGGAGGUGCGUCUGGAUGGGCGCUGGGGCACCGUGUGUGACGACGGCUGGGACCUGGACGAUGUGGCCGUGGUGUGCAGGCAGCUGGGCUGUGGGCAGGCCAUGGAAGCGCUGAGUGGUAAAGUGUUCGGCCCGGGCAAUGAGGCAGACCCUGUCCUGAUGACGAACGUGCAGUGCCAGGGAACAGAGGCAGCGCUGGGGAACUGCUCGUACAUGGAUCCAGGGGACCUCUGCCAGCAUGAUGAGGACGCUGGGGCCCGUUGCCAAGCUGCCAAUGUGGGAGUCUCCUCCUCAGCCCCUGGAGUCUCCCCGCGCAGCCCCGGAGCAGGUGUCUCAGCAGCUUUGCCCGUCGUGAGGCUGGUAGGUGGCCCCCACCGCUGUGCCGGGCGGGUGGAGGUGCGUCUGGACGGGCACUGGGGCACCGUGUGUGACGACGGCUGGGACCUGGGCGAUGUGGCCGUGGUGUGCAGGCAGCUGGGCUGUGGGCAGGCCAUGGAAGCGCUGAGUGGUAAAGUGUUUGGCCAGGGCAAUGAGGCAGACCCUGUCCUGAUGACGAACGUGCAGUGCCAGGGGACAGAGGCAGCACUGGGGAACUGCUCGUACAUGGAUCCAGGGGACCUCUGCCAGCAUGAUGAGGACGCUGGGGCCCGUUGCCAAGGUGCCUCCUCAGAGGUGAGGCUGGUAGGUGGCCCCCACCGCUGCGCCGGGCGGGUGGAGGUGCGUCCGGACAGGCGCUGGGGCACCGUGUGUGACAACGGCUGGGACAUGAAAGAUGUGACUGUGGUGUGCCGGCAGCUGGGCUGUGGGCCGGCCAUGGAAUCGCUGAGUAGUAAAGUGUUUGGCCCGGGCAUCAAGUCAGACCCUGUCCUGAUGGCGAAAGUUCAGUGCCAGGGGACAGAGGCAGCGCUGGGGAACUGCUCGUACAUGGAUCCAGGAGACCUCUGCCAGCAUGAUAAGGACGCGGGGGCCCGUUGCCAAGAGCCCUUCUCACUGCGGCUGGUGGACGGCCCAGGCAACUGCUCUGGGCGGCUGGAGGUGCGGUAUGAUGGAGUGUGGGGCACCGUGUGUGACAAUGACUGGUCGGAGACCAAUGCCCAAGUGGUCUGCCGGGAGCUGGGUUGUGGCCCAACCAAGCCAUUGGCCCCAAAGCUGCAGGACCAGCCCCGCUUUCGCCAGGGUACAGGGAAAAUCUGGCUGGACGACAUCCGCUGCAAAGGCACCGAGAAGACAUUGCAGAACUGUGCCCACCGCUUCUGGGGCUACCACAACUGCACCCACCAGGAGGACAUCAGCAUGGUCUGCCAGGACAACUGAGCCAGCCACAGCUCCUCCACGGCCUCCCAUUGAUUCCCCCUGCCCCCGAGCUUUCAGUGCAUCCCCCCUGCCGCCAGGCUCUUCCUCUCUGCUGCCAGGCUCCCCAGCCCUGCCCGCCCAGCCCGGGGAUGGCUGUCGGCUGUGCAGGGGCAUGGCUUGGUGAGUGCCCGGGGGAUUCCCCUUUCAGGGAUGAACGCAGGCACCCAGGGCAUUCCCCUCCCACUGGGCGCCACACUCUGUGGGCUGCAGCACAAAGCUGGCACGGCCUGGGGCUCGCGUCUCACUAGCAGUGGGGCAGCUCGCCCUGGCAGGCCCCGCUUGGAGCACGCGUCUCCUGGGCCAUUGCUCCAACUGCGGCCAAGGGAGCUGUCCCUGAUAAACCCCAGCAUCGCCGGGGUGGGGCUGCAGCCCCCACCUUGGGGGCUGGGAUACACGACUGUCUCUGCUGGAGGGGUCCGUGCUGCAUGGACAGGCAGGAGCCGGGAGGGGGAGAGCCCCAUGUGCCACACGCCAUCCCAAGCUGAGCAGAUGCGAAUAAAGAGCUGAAUCCGCUGGA